GAUUGUUCUGCAGUCUCCUCCGCAACUUUGACUGGAGUUGAGACCACUGGAACUAGGCAUCGAAAGGGUACAGGAAAGUCUCUCACCUCGAAUGCAGCAUCCACUCUCAGUCACUUAUUUGGUGGUGGUUCAGUUGGUGGAAGCAACGGGGGAGGCGGUGACGUAAAUGAAAGGAGUCGAAGUCGCGUAGCUGGUGGCCGAAGUUCGGUAUGCAGUAAGACCAGAAAAAGUGUUUGCCAUUCGGUCUGGGCCGGUCUGCGUAACAUUCGUCGGUCACUUGCUAGUGGUGGAGUUGUAUCUGCAGGCGCCGUAACUGGGCCACCGUUUCUAGGACCUGCUAUGCGUGCUUCUUCUGUCGGUUUACCUAGCGUCCGUGCUGAUACUGUCUCUCUUGUUGGCGAAGGUGUAGCCUGUGGAGGCAGUAGGUUUAUUGGGAGAAAGUUGAAAUCAUAUCAACCAUGCAUAUCAACCACCCUCCCGCAGCCUGGUGUCGAAACAUUGACUACUCGAAAUGAUGGUCGUAUAAUAGUUGGUUCUCCUGGUGCCUUUGAUACCUCCUUUGAAUUAAAUCAUCUUCGCACAUGUUACAAACGUUCAUGUCCUGGCAUAAACAGUUCUGCAGCUCCGCUCGCUGAAGCUGAUGUAGAACUCGAGACAUCUGGUCUCACAUUUUUCCCCCCUGCCCCUUGUCGAGUGCGUGGCUUUCCGUUUGGUAGCUUGUCCACCCAAACAAGUCCAUCUGGUGGUUUAGGUGCGGCCACAGCCACUCGAAGCAGCGUUCAUUUAUCAGGAACCUCAAAUGCUUCUCUUGCUUCUGCCUGUCUCAUCUCUAGUGCCUCAAGUUCGUGCCUUGAGCACAGAACGACGUCUUCAGCAAGUGUGGCAGCAGCCAUUGCAAUUGAGGUGAUUCUUUGUUUUCAAGUGUAA